AUGUCUCCGAAGACGUGGUUUCUCCCUCCCGAUUUUACGUUCCUUGAGAACGGUCUCAUCCAACUAGGAACGGUGAUACCCCACCCUCAUCACCCCACUCGAGUUCUCCUGCAGCCCGAGGAGCUGUCCAUAGCAACACCCCCGAUCUGCCUACCACCGGUCCAAGCCCUGGUAGAGAACAACCAUAGUCAUGUGGACAGCCGAAGUAACACCAUAGGCGGCGAGAUCUGGGGGAACUUUGUUCAGAUGGCGUCAGCAUCCCUGAAACUAGAUACCAAGUGGAUGAAGGAAGUCCAGUAUGGGGUCGUGGACCACGAGGUGCAAUCAUUUUCACGGCCUUUCACGAUGGAUACACUGGCGAAUAUUGUGGCACAGCCCGCCGUGCGAAAGUACAUGGAUUCAGGCCUCUGGGUCAAGCGACCUGUGUAUAUUGUAUCAGGACUGAGGAUCACGAAGAUGGGGAUGAGUGUGACCAUGGGCCAGAGUAAAUCUCGAGGCGGGGGAAUCGAAGGCUCGGUCCCGGUACCAGCUGGCGGAGUGCCAGUUGUGGUUGGAGCUGGGAUACAUGGUGAGAGAAGGCAAGACAAGACGGACUCAUAUGAAACAGCUCCGAGGAUCGUUUUUGCCUAUCGGUUGAAUAUUAUUCGACAAAGGCAGAGUGGAAAUUUGGAAUCGGCACUCUUCUCGCAUAGAACGGCAUUCAUGACAGGAGGAACUGAACAAAGUAUGGAAGUGGAGGUUGCUGAAGUGGAUCUUUCAGUAUUGCAGGAUGUCCAGGAUGAGGAUGAGGACCCUUUGCAGUUUAUUGAGCACAAAGUUGGGGAGACCGAUGUGUGCGUGUCUGUUGGAUGCCUAAACUUCAUGUUUUCGUUGAUGAAUCAAUCUGUAUAG